AUGGCGGCGCCGCCGCCCGCCCUCAGCUGGGCGCUGCCCCUGCUGGCGGCGCUGGCGGGCGCCGCCGGACCCCAGAGCUUCGAGCUGCCGGGGGCCCCCAUCGACAACAUCGAGGUGAGCGGCGGCGCCGUGCUGGUGGCGGGCGGCAGCUGCCUCUACGAGCUGCGGCCCGAGCUGCGGCCCCGGCGCCGCGUGGUGCCGGCGGCGGGGCAGGGCUGCGGGGAGCCCCCCGGCAUGCGCAGCAACCUGCUGCUGCACUACGAGGAGGCCGGCGGGGUGGGCGUCCUGCUGACCGGCUGGACCCAGGAUGGCGGCGCCUGCCAGGUGUGGGAGCAGCCCUCGUACCGGCAGCGCUUGAACCAAAGCGAGGUGGUCAGCUGCCUGCCCGACGGCUCCACCGCCGGCGUCGUCUUCCAGCAGGCUGGCGCCUGGUACCUGGCCGUGGCGGCCACCUACUCGACCAGCGCGGACACGAACCACCUGCACUGCGAGCCCUCGAAGUCCGACAAGGAGACCGUCAUCACGGUGCGCAGCAUGGUCAACCUCAUGUCCACGGAGGAGCUGGGCAUCAUCAAACGCAGGGAGGAACCUUUGCACUUUGUUGACGCGCUCCAGUGGGGGGAUCACCUUUUCUUUCCCUACUACACGUUGAAGGCCAGGUUGGCCAAUAACACGGAGCCACCCAGCAUGGCUGUCCUGCGCCAGCUGGGCCCUACUGAUGCUGGCCUUACUUUGCAAGGGCACGUCUAUUUGGACUGCGGGUGCAGGAGCCUCAUUAUUUCCUCCAGCCUUGUCCGCCAGGGUGAGCGGGGCUGGUGGGUGGGUGUGUUCCGCCACAGCCACAACGCCAAGGCGUGGAACAGCACUGCCGUCUGCAUCUUUGGGAUGGAGGAGAUGAAGGAGCAAACCUGUGCAUCCCCACACUUCAAUAUGAACGGGAAAAGCUGUGAGGCACAAUCAAUCAAGAAAUUACCUACCUUGAUUCACUCUGGACUGGUAGCUGUUUAUGGCACAGUUGUUUUGAAUCAUAUAGUUCUCUUUUUGGGAACAGAUGAUGGACAGUUACUGAAGGCUAUUCUUAAUGAGGAGAUGAAAUCUAAUUGCCCAGAGGUUUUAUAUGAAAUUGAGGAAGAAACUUCCAUUUUCCCCAAACUACGACUUGAUCCAGUUAAUAAUAACUACAUCUAUCUGUCCUCUGCCAAUAAGGUGAGAAGAAUACCAGUUGCAAAUUGCGGUAGAUUUGCUUCUGAGCAAGAAUGCUUAUCUGCAAAGGACCCCUACUGUGGGUGGUGUUCUUUCAAUCAAAGGUGCACAUUAAAAGAAAAUUGUACACAUUCAAACAGCAUAAAUGGUUGGUAUAACAUUUCACAUGCACCUGAUAAAGAUCUGAAAAUCCUGCUAAGUUUCCCUGCCAAAUAUCAGGUUGUUGUGACUGCAAAUGUAGGCAAAAUCCUUACUUUCUGUAUGAUAAAAAUUGUAACAAGCGUUGAAAUAUUUUAUGAAAACGUAGUGCUGAAAAAUUCAUCCUGUUUCUGCAAUCUAACCACUCCAAUGAUAACUGACAACGAUUGUCUAGUUCUUGAAGCAUCACUGUCCUCAAGCUCUUGGAAUAUCACACAAACAUUUCAGUUGAAAAACUGCUCACGGUGUAUACACAAGGGUGAGUGUGCCAGCUGUGAAUGGAUACGUGUCUCUCCUGUCACCACCUGCCAGGAUGAUUGCAGUGCAGCUGCUUCCAAGGGGAUCACUGCUGUGCAAAAAACAGAGCAUAUCAGCAUUCAAUCCAUUGAACCUUUGUGGAUUUCUACAUUAGGCAAAAGUGAAAUAACAGUCAAAGGAGAAAACUUUACACGUGCGUCAGGCAUAAAACUGAUACUGACUGGAAUCACUGGCUGUAAACCAGAUGUCAUUAAAGUCAGAAAUGUGCUAAAUGAUACACAAAUGACAUUUGCUCUCCCACCAACACGUAAAGAGGCCAAAAGUAUAUGUAUCCAGGCUAAUGGGAAAAAAUGUUCACCACCAAUGACCCUGCAUUAUGUUUCUCUGCCAUCAUGUUCUAGAAUUACACCAAAUACCUCCUGGAUCAGUGGGGGUCGCAAAAUUACCACAACUGGUAGAAAUUUUAAUGUGGUGGACAGUGUGAUUAUUUCAGAUGACCAGAGAUCAAACCUCACAGUCUCUAGGUGUCCUGGAAAUGCAUCUGAAUAUCAUUAUUUAACACCAAGCCUGAGCCAUGCAACAGAGGGUAAAGUUGUUGAUAUGAUGUUAAAAGUGGAUACUACCUUCAUACCUUGUGUCAAAUUACACUAUCACCCAGACCCAGUGUUCAUUAACUACCAGCUGCACACUGAACUGGAUCCUGAUCUGGAAUUAAAAAUAUAUAAAGAAAAUGAUAACUUGAAUAUUUCUAAAACGGAGGUAGAGGUUUAUCUAUUAUAUAUGACUGGUGCACAGACCAAAAAGAUAUGGUUCAGUGUCCAGAAUAUUACCAAAAAGCCAGACCGCAGCACCAUACUGUGCAAAUUCAAAAGGGAAGGAACCGACAAGAUUGACUUUUCCACUGUGAAAGUUUUUGUCAAACUAGGAAAUUUUGAGCAUGAAGUCAAACCAACAUCAUCACACAUAUAUUUAUAUGUUCUUAUUUUACUACCUAUUGUGGUGGGUGUCAUUAUAGCGGCAUUCAUAGUUACUAGAUACAAAUCCAAAGAGUUAACUCGUAAACAGAGUCAGCAACUUGAGCUGCUGGAGUAUGAGAUUCGUAAGGAAAUACGUGAGGGAUUUGCUGAACUGCAGAUGGAUGAAUUAGAUGUGGUGGACAGUUUUGGAACGGUUCCCUUCCUUGACUACAAACACUUUGCUCUUAGAACUUUCUUUCCAGAGUCAGGAGGCUUUGCAUCCAUCUUCAGUGAAGAAAUGCCCCAGAGCAGAGACCAAACGAGCAAGGAUGAAAGCUUCAACAUGUUGCAUGCUUUAAUUUGUAACAAGAACUUUCUUGUUACUCUCAUUCACACCCUUGAAAAGCAGAAAAAUUUCUCUGUGAAAGACAGGUGCUUGUUUGCAUCCUUCUUGACUAUUGCACUGCAAACGAAGCUAGUUUAUCUGACUCAUAUUUUGGAAGUAUUGACAAGGGACUUGAUGGAGCAAUCGAGCAAUGUGCAGCCUAAGCUCCUGCUCAGACGAACUGAAUCUGUGGUAGAAAAAUUGCUGACAAACUGGAUGUCUGUCUGCCUUUCUGGGUUUCUGCGGGAGACAAUUGGUGAACCUUUCUAUUUGCUGGUGACAACCCUCAAUCAGAGGAUAAACAAAGGACCUGUUGACGCAAUAACUUGCAAAGCCCUGUACACUCUCAACGAAGACUGGCUGCUGUGGCAAGUGUCUGAAUUCAAAACAGUGACACUGAACAUUAUCUUUGAAAAAAUCCCCGAAAACGAGAGUGGAGAUGCCUCUCAAACUAUUCAAGUUAAUGUUCUGGACUGUGACACCAUAGGCCAAGCCAAGGAGAAGAGCCUCCAGGCUUUCUUCAAUAAGAAUGGCUUUCUCUAUGGUCUUCAGCUGGAUGAAAUUGGUCUUGAACUUGUGUCUGAGGAGCAGCAAAGAGAACUGUUAGAUAUUGAUGGCUCCUCAGAGGUGAUGGAUGAUGGGAUAAGGAAGCUCAAUACCAUCGGCCAUUACGAGAUUUCAAAUGGAGCAACCAUAAAAGUCUUCAAAAAGAAGGCAAACACCCGAUCAGAUGUGGACUACUCAGAUGAACACUGUCAUUUGAUUUUACCAGACUCUGAAGCAAACAAAGAUGUGAAGGGAGCAGGUCACAAAGGAAAACAAAAAUUCAAAGUGAAAGAAAUGUAUCUCACAAAACUUCUGUCAACCAAGGUGGCAAUUCAUGCAGUUGUUGAAAAGCUCUUCAGGAGCAUUUGGAGUUUACCCAACAAUAAAGCACCUGUUGCCAUCAAAUACUUUUUUGACUUUUUGGAUGCCCAGGCUGAGAGCAAAAAAAUUACUGAUCCUGAUGUGGUUCACAUAUGGAAAACCAACAGUCUUCCUCUUCGCUUCUGGGUGAACAUACUGAAGAAUCCCCAGUUUGUCUUUGACAUUAAGAAGACUUCACACAUAGAUGGCUGUCUGUCUGUAAUCGCACAGGCCUUCAUGGAUGCCUUUUCUCUCGCAGAACAGACACUGGGGAAGGAAGCACCAACAAAUAAACUUCUCUAUGCUAAGGACAUUCCUCUCUACAAGAAGGAGGUGAAAGCAUACUACAAAGCCAUCAGGGAUCUGCCUCCAUUGACCACUGCAGAGGUUGAAGAAUUUCUAGCUCAGGAAUCUAAGAAACAUGAAAAUGAAUUUAAUGAGAAAGUGGCCUUGUUUGAAAUCUACAAAUACAUAGUGAAAUACUAUGACGAGAUUAUCAGCAAACUCGAGCGAGAACGGGGGUUUGAAGAAGUCCAGAAACAGCUCCAGCAAGUAAAAGCCUUAUUUGAUGAAAAGAAAAAAUGCAAAUGGCAUUGAGCAGAGCACUGACUCACAGCACCACUGUGGGGGAUUUUCUAUUAGUGCUUCUGCUCCCAAAACUGUUUUGACUGACUUUAUGUACAGGGUUUGAAACGUUUGGACACUCUUCUCCACUCUGACCAUUCCACGUAAUCGACGAUUGGGAGUGAAAUAUGGGCAUGGUUACAUAUUCACACAGGGGCAUGUGAAAGUGAACCUAAUGUUGGCAGGGUCAGCAUUUUUAGGUACUUGAGCACACAUAACCCUUUGGUUGAAAAGUACCAUCUAGUAAGCUUUUUGCUUACUUUAAAAUAAGGUCAUAGGAGAUGUGCAAAAUACAAUGUAAGUUCAGAGUUGCCCACAUGAACUUGCAAGUCGCUUACCUCUUUUUUUUAAGAGAAAAAGCUGAUGUUUCACCACAUCCUUUCAGCAGCUUGGCAAACUGUGAGGGUGAGAAUACGGGUCAGCUGCAGUUUCCUUCCUUCCAGUCAAAUGUUCGCUAGAUCCUGUUCAGAAAAAAUAAACCAUCAAAAAAACAACAACAAAAAAAAGAAAACUACCAAAACAAAAGAAAAACACAAAAAAAAAAUCAACCUCAAACACAUCAAAAAAAACCCAACAACAACCUGGCACCAAAGUGACACUUAGGAUGUGUGUUUACUAGACACAGUGGGUCUGAGGUUGGAAGGCCAAAUGCCACAUGGCACACUUACCUUUGUUAGGUUAGAAAUUCUGUGUCCGAAGUGAAGCGAACCACUGAGGGGAAGAGGUGAGGGGAGGCUUUUGGAGAAGGGCAUUCAGCCACCAUCAGUCUGUGUUUACAUUUUUGACCUUUCCAUCCUUAAAUAAGCUGUGAAACACUUGUGAGCAGCUUCACAGCUGAAACCGCACUGCAUCAGGACACUUGUGAUUUGAUGAAGCAGCUGCCCAUGGCUGCACUUUGGUGCACAAAGCUGUACUCAGGUGCACGAUCAGCCCAUGCAUCAGUGCCCAUGGUCCUGGCCAGCCUUGCCAUCUGUGUACAAGGGCCUCACAGACCUAAAGCCAGCAUGUGGGGGGUCAGCUCAAAGGUUGGUUUAAUAAUAUUUAAGAACAGGAAGACUGGGGUUUGAGACAAUGAUACAAACUUGCUGGGGUUGGGGUGGGGAGGGAUAACUGUCUGUCUUAGUCCAGCUGGGGUUUUUUGAGGCGUGGCCAUUUUGGAAGGAAUGUGUCCAUUACACUUGUAUGGAAAGCAGGGGCAUGGCUGUGCUGCUGGGAUGGGGCUGGGGCAGUGGCUUCUGAGCGAAGCCACAGAGGAGCAGCCGUGGCUCUGGCUCUGCUACAGCACCAGCACAACCCUACCCUCUCCUACAGAGCUGAAAGGGUUUGUCAGCCUGGACUCUGCUUCAGCCACAGGAGGCACGUUCUGAGGCUGUCACGUGCCCUUAGAUUUGAGGUAAGGCAUUCAUGACAAGGAGAUACAUUUCCAUACAUUUC